AUGAUUAAAGAUAACAACGAAAUUGUUCCACUAAUGGGCAAGAAAACAAACCCACCUGGAAUUCCCCCUGCAAACCAGCAAGAGAAAAAGGUGACUGAAGGCACUCCCACCAAGAAAAGUUCCCACUUUUUCCUGGAGAUUGAUGGUUUUGAAAGCAAUGCCACUCCCAAUAACACCUCUCCCCCAGUGUUUUCCAAACCGAUGGAUUCAAAUAUUCGCCCGUGUGCAUCUGGAAAUGGGGAAGACAUGGAUUCCCCACAGUCUAUUCAGGAUGAUGCCACUGAAUACAGCCCUAACGUUGACAGUUGUGGUGCUAACACAUGCCAAGGCCCUGAGCUGACGAGUGCCAGGAAGAAGCUGAAGAGAAACCUGUUCCGGGCGGUGUCUGAGGGGAACGUGGAGGAACUGCAGCGGCUGCUGGCAGAGCUGAAGGAGCGAUCGAGUGCCUGCACCAACCUGCCUGUGCCAGAUUACCUGAUGAAAAAGUUCACAGCUUCAGACACUGGCAAGACUUGUCUGAUGAAAGCUCUGUUGAACAUCAACCAGAACACAAAUGAGAUAGUGAACAUGCUCCUGUCCUUUGCAGAGGAAAAUGGCAUUUUGGAGAGAUUUAUCAAUGCAGCAUACACAGAAGAAGCAUAUAAAGGCCAGACAGCUCUAAAUAUUGCCAUUGAGAGGAGACAGUAUGAAAUCACUGAGACCCUCAUAGAAAAAGGAGCAGAUGUGAAUGCUCAUGCCCAGGGUAUUUUCUUUAAUCCCAAACACAAGCAUGAAGGCUUUUAUUUUGGUGAGACUGCACUGGCUUUAGCAGCAUGUACCAACCAGCCAGACAUAAUUGAGCUGUUAAUGGACAAUGCCAGGACCAAUAUUUCCUCUCAGGAUUCCAGAGGAAACAAUAUCCUCCAUGCAUUAGUUACUGUGGCAGAGGACUCCAAAACACAGAAUGACUUUGUGAUGAGAAUGUACGACAUGAUUCUGCUGAAAAGUAAAGACAGAAAUCUGGAAACAACCAAGAAUAAGGAGGGUUUGACACCACUGCAAUUAGCUGCAAAAACUGGGAAAUUAGAGAUUCUGAAGUACAUCCUGAGCAGAGAGAUCAGAGAGAAGCCAAACAGGAGCCUGUCAAGAAAAUUCACAGACUGGGCUUAUGGUCCUGUUCAGUCUUCUCUGUAUGAUCUGACAGAGCUGGAUACCACUGCUGACAACUCAGUGCUGGAAAUCAUUGUCUAUAAUACAAAUAUUGGUAAUCGCCAUGAAAUGCUGACUUUGGAGCCCCUGAACUCACUUCUGAGGAUGAAAUGGAAGAAGUUUGCACGGCACAUGUUUUUCAUGUCCUGCUGUUUUUAUUUCUUGUACAAUGUAACAUUAACACUGGUUUCCUACCACAGGCCUAAUGAAAACAAAGCUCCUCCUUAUCCACUGGCUCUGACCCGAGGAGUGGGGUGGCUGCAGUUGUCAGGACAGGUGAUGGUUAUGUUAGGAGCAAUAUUUUUAGCCAUAAAAGAGAGUGUGGCCAUCUUCCUGCUCCGGCCCUCAGACCUGCAGUCAAUUCUCUCUGAUGCCUGGUUCCAUUUUGCAUUUUUUAUACAAGCUUUGCUUGUGAUCUUCUCUGUCUUUUUGUACUUGUUUUCCUACAAAGAACACCUGGUGUGUCUUGUUUUGGCAAUGGCCCUUGGCUGGGCCAAUAUGCUCUAUUUCACCAGAGGAUUCCAGUCCAUGGGAAUUUACAGUGUGAUGAUUCAAAAGGUCAUCCUGCAAGAUGUGAUAAAGUUUUUAGUUGUCUAUAUCGUGUUUUUGCUGGGAUUUGGCGUAGCUCUUGCUGCCCUGAUUGAGACAUGCCAGGAGGGUGGGGAAUGCCGUUCCAACAGCAGCCUGGGACCUGUCCUGAUGGAUCUUUUCAAGCUCACCCUAGGACUGGGUGACCUGGAGAUCCAGCAGAAUUCCAAGUACCCUGUUCUGUUUCUCCUGCUCCUCAUAACUUUCGUUGUGCUGACUUUUGUGCUUCUCUUGAACAUGCUGAUUGCUUUAAUGGGAGAAACUGUGGAAGAUAUUUCUAAGGAGAGUGAACACAUCUGGAAACUCCAGAGAGCCAGGACUAUUUUGGAAUUUGAAAAAUUCUUACCAAAAUGCCUGAGGAAAAAAUUCCAGCUGGGAGAACGGUGCAAAGUGGCUGAAAAUGACACCAGGGUGUGUUUAAGGAUUAAUGAAGUGAAAUGGACUGAGUGGAAAACCCAUGUUUCAUUUAUUAAUGAAGAUCCAGGGCCAACAGAUCCAAGCAAAAUUCAAGAUAAUUCAAGAACUAAUAGCAAAAACACCCUGAAUACAUUUGAAGAAAUGGAUGAUUUGCCAGAAACUUCUGUUUAGUUGUGCUGUGCUUGACAUGUGACUCUUCUGAAGGUUAAAAGCAUCAGCAGUAGAUGCUGAAAGCUUUGUGGCUGUUUUGGACAGCUGUAGCCAGCUGGAACACAAACUUUCAGUGACACAGUCUGAUGGCUUGAACCCAUUUAUUCAGAGCAGCUGAGCUGAAAUAAAUGGGAUUAUUUCACUGGGCCCGUUCUGAGCCUCUCAAACUGUUGCUGUCCAAGUUUGCCUGACACUCCUCAAACUUGGCUCAAGAUGUUUAACUGGAUAAAAAAAGGUCAAAUGUGAGAUGUUUCUUCCAUUUGUGGAAAAUUAAGGUCAUUGUGAUACCAAUCUGCUGGUUUUUGGAAUCUCUAAC